AUGGACAGAGAAGACGGUGGAUAUAUUCACAGCUCUCCACGCAAGGAAUUCUUGGGAAUAAAGACACUCAGAUCAUUCACUAUGAAGCAGAUCAGCAACUGUGACUUCGAUGAAGCAUCAUCAACACAUCACAUCGAUUCGACAGAGGUUACAAACAUCCAGGCUAUUGGAUGGGUCACUUCGUCAAAGUCCUCUGCUACUGGAUCUGUAUUUACACUGCAGGAUGGUACCGGAAAGGUCGACUGCUCAUUCUGGCCAAACAGUUCAUAUGAGGAAGAUCAAUGCAGACUCCUUCAGGAAGGAAUACUUCUUAAGGUAAAUGGGUCUCUUAGGACAUUCAGCAGUAAGAGAAGUAUAUCUGUUUCUAACCUUUCAGAAGUAAAGAAUCCAAACUUCAUUAUUUAUCACUUUCUUAACUGCAUCCAUCAGCAUCUGUUCUAUACAAGACAGCUACAUAGGGACGAAGUGGUAAGGAAUGAGGGAAUGAAAAUGGAAAAAAUCCAAGAGGAUAUUCUUGAAUGCUACAGAAAGAAUCAAGACGAAAACGGACUCCACAUCAAUGUAGUGAUCAAAAUGUUAUCUUCGAAGUAUUCCGAGAAUAGCAUUAGAGAAAACAUCGAUGCUCUAUUGAGAGACUGUCAUCUAUACAGUGUAGAUGGGAUGGAAUAUAGAACAACAAUAUAA